AUGCUGGAGCAGGAAAAUCCUGGAAGCAAAACGAAUGUGCAACUAGAUGCUUUGCACAGGUUUGAGUAUCUGUUUGUUGCUUUGGGAGCGAGCAUUGAAGGGUUUCAAUGGAUGAGAAAAGUGAUAGUUGUGGAUGCAACGUUUCUGAAGACUGUAUAUGGUGGACAGCUUGUGUUUGCCACUGCUCAAGAUCCUAAUCAUCACCAUUACCCUAUUGCCUUUGGGAUAAUUGAUAGCGAAAAUCAUAGUAGUUGGCCAUGGUUCCUGGAAAACCUGAAAGCUGUUGUACCAGAUGAUCCUGAACUCGUUUUUGUUAGUGACAGACAUAAAAGCAUCAUAUAUGGAGUCUCGAAGGUCUAUCCAUUGGCUCGCCAUGUACACUGUAUUUGGCAUCUGGCUCAGAACGUAAAAGGGCAUGCUCAGCAAGGUGUUAAGAAAGACGAUGUUGUUGAUAAGUUCAUCAAAUGCGCUCAUGCUUAUACUGGGUCUGAGUUUAAAAAAGGAGUUUGA